AUGUUGCCAGGAGCACGGCUGUACAACACGGCCAUCGUACGGCACAAAGCCCACAUCAAGAAUGCUGAGUUCUGUUCCCAGCACAAGCAGCAGGAUAUGGUCAAUGUCGUGAGCAAGAGAUGCGGCCAUCCAGGGUGCACCAAGCAACCGUCAUAUGGUAGAGCGGGCAGCAAGAAGCCGGAGUUUUGUGCCCAGCACGCACAGCAGGACAUGGUCGGUGUCGUGGGCAAGAGGUGCGGUCAUCCAGAGUGCGUUGAAAACCCGGCAUUCGGAAAAAAUGGCAGCAAAAAGAGGGAGUUUUGUGCCCAGCACGCCCAGCAGGACAUGGUCAAUCUCGUGAACAAGAGGUGCGGCCAUCCAGGGUGCACGAAGCAGGCGUCAUAUGGUUGAGCGGGCAGCAAGAAGCCGGAGUUCUGUGCCCAGCACGCGCAGCAGGACAUGGUCGAUGUCAUCACCAAGAGGUGCGGCCACCCAGGUUGCACGAAGCGGCCGUCAUCUGGUAGAGCGGGCAGCAAGAAGCCGGAGUAAUGUUCUCUGUACAGCGAGCGAGGUAUGAUCAAUGUGCGACGUGCGUAACGCUAGGAGAAGCGCUAACACGUAUUGCCGCAAGUAUGUGUGGUGUCCUACCCUUCCGAAAGGUGGUUGUGUGGUGGCUCGCUUGGCAAAGGGGUCCUUCACAAACGUUGCCAAGUGUGAACCGUGUACUCGGGAUCGUUUUUGGGCAGGAGUACGGUGACAGGGAUACUCGGGGGUCUCGGGCCCAGUGUUAGUGUAGGUUUGCAAGGAUUGGGCGAUGCAAUCGAGUGGAGAUCACGGAACCGUAUCAGGUUGACGUCAUGCACCGUUGGGGCAACGGGGCGGGAGCACGCCCACUAUUGUCGUGCUUGCAGUAAAUUACAGAUUAUCAUAGCACAGCGGGAUAAAAAGAUGUUGUGUCGGUAAUGUGACCCGAACCAGUUUCGGUUCGAGGAAGUCAUAUUGGAUUCUCUCGUUCGGUGCUGCUGAGGAAGCUCCGAUUAUCUGUUUGGCGGCGGAACCAUCGUCGCGUGAAACGUGUGCGGUAAAUGAUCAGCCAGCUCCUUUGUAGGAAGUGCCCUGUCGAGGAGGUGGUGGACUGAUCCGCCCUGGGUGGUGCCAUUAUUCUGUUGGGGCGGGCAAUGUAGUCGAAGCUUGGUCAUGAAAAUGAAUAAAUGCGCUAGGUAGGGUGGAGGAUGGACUCCCUGUCCCCCGACCGGCCUGGCGCCGAGAAAGUCAUACAGAUAAAGGUGCGCAUUAGACGAUGGGUGCCGGGGAAGAAGCGAUAGGUAGGGCUUGUCACUCAUGGGUGUGCCCUAAAACAACUUCAACGCUUGACUUACGUGCACCUACCUGCCUUGACUAGAGGAUUCUUGCCUCUCCAACCCGACUUUGUCUGACUGUAGACUCGCAUACUUCUGGGUGUGGUUGUGCGAGCUCAGUUGGGGCGUCCCUGCUGUAUGUUUGCUCGUUGCCUAGGAUCAUUCAAUGUAUGUACUGGGUUCUUGGGUGAGGCCUCGAGCCCUUAGGCGUGCGGUUCCACUGAUGCAUUGCCGCGCGCAAACUGCGGUCGGCGCGGCUAUGAAUCUGGAACGAUCCCAAGGCGUCAAGCGUUUACUCACACUACUGUAGUAGCAGGGUGGUUGGGCGGUCUCGAAAACAUUUCUCUCCGACCUGGUGUUUCUGGCACACUCACGGGAAGGAGAAAACAAUGAUCGGCGGUAUGCACAUUUCAACACGUCAGCACACACGCCUCUAUCCAAUUUUCGUUUCGAAUUCGAAAUCGUUUGCCGCCCCGAUACUACGCGUGCAAACAAUUGUUGGCUUGGUGUACAGGCUCGAAGGAUCGACGUUGGCUGUCCACGGCGAGGGUGCAGCAGUAUUCCAGCUGGUCGUGUGCUAAGUUUUGGUGGCCACGAGGGAGCGUAGAUGUUGUUAGGUGGUUAUUGGGCGGUGGGGAGGCCUGUUGACGUGAGCUUGAAUCCGGCCCGAGUCCAGAAGCAGCGCUAAGAGUAAGUGAGUGAAAUCAGCGUGUGGCAGGUGAAGAUCCAAAUCGUGGUUGUUUGCAACCACGGAAAACAUUUGUGCCAUCAUGUAAGAGGUUCACGUGUUCUAGGCCACCGUUGCCGUUGGGAUGGUAUAUUGGGGCGCUUCCUCCUUGCGCACGCGAAGUAGUUUGUAGAUGAGCACGGAGAGGUUGAAGCUAAAUUGUAGUCUUCUUGGUUGUUCUAGAGGAUGCAUU